GUGGUGGAGAAGGCAGAGGAAGAGAAAGAGGAAGAGGAGGAGGAGGAGGAGGAGGAGGAGGAAGAAGAAGAAGAAGAAGAAGAAGAACCGGUCUCGGCCUAUGCAGAAGCGGGCUGUUCGCUCGGCCCGCCUAAGCCCAUCUGUAGGGCUUGA